AUUUUUUCUGGUACUUGCAGAAAAAGUAAGUGAGUGAAAAUGUAUUAAUGCAUUAAAAAAUGUGUGGAGUUCCCCUUUUUCCCUUUUGAUGUAAAAGUUUUUUAUUAGAUUUCUUUUUCUAUUUAUUUUUUCUUUUUCUUUAAAUAACUGAGGUACAACUUUAGUUUAUCAAAUUUUGAAUUCUUAAGACUAAAACAACCCAAAAAAAGCGAAUUUUAUCUUAAAAAUGCAAGAAAUUGUUUGAUUUAUAAGCAAAUCCAACCACCAUUUGUUAAAUCGAUUUAGAGCCGAUUUCACCGGAAGUGACAUCUACCUGGUCGCUUUGUCUCCGCCCACCGCCGCUUGUCCAUCACAGGAGGGGGAGGGAGAAGAAAAUGUACAGUCAGUAUGAUUGCUAACUAUCCUCUCCUAAAGAAAUAAUUUUAAAAACAACUUAUAGUUUUGGAGCCUGAAUGAUGGGCCGACUGCUAGCUUACCUGCAGUCCAGCCGCUGUCAUCUGCUCAUCUACUAGCUAAAGAGCUUCGCUAACGUCACGCGGCUGUCUGUAACAGAAGCUGUUCAGAGGCUAGCUGCGGCGGCUCGUCUGCCCCCACAUGAAACUGACCCACAUUAUCCCGGGACAGACCCGCACUCCCACGGACUGGACCUGCUGACUGACUGACGCCGCGGCGCGGAAAUGGACAAAGAAGAAGCGGAGCGGCUAAUAGAGAAGGCCAAGCUGAGCCUCCGGUCCGGCCGGAGAGACCGGGCUCUCCAGCUGCUCUACGAAGCCCAGAGGGUUCACCCCAGCGGCCGGGCCAGAGUUCUGAUAGACGCCAUCCUGAGAAAUGGAAACUGUGCCCCACCUGAAACAAACCACGUUCCGCCUCCGUCAGGCUGGAGAGACGAGGACAUGGACGAGCAGGAGACGAGGAGUGCAAACAGUGAUGAAAAGAAAACGUACACCGAGGAGCAACGCCAGGGUGUUCUCAGGAUAAAGAAUUGUAAAGACUUUUAUGAAAUCCUCGGCAUCAGCAAAAAUGCCAGCGAUGAAGAUUUGAAGAAAGCGUACAGGAAGCUGGCGCUGAAGUUUCAUCCAGACAAGAACUUUGCACCAGGAGCUACAGAUGCGUUUAAAGCAAUAGGUAAUGCGUACGCUGUACUGAGUAAUCCAGAGAAAAGGCAGCAGUACGAUCAGUUUGGAGAUGCAUCUGCAGCCUCGACCCCGUCCCAGCAUUCUGGCCACGCUCGCCCCGGACACUACCGAAACUUCCACCGAGACUUCGAGGCCGACAUUUCCCCCGAGGAACUCUUCAACAUUUUCUUUGGAGGACGGUUUCCUACAGGAAAUGUUCACGUCUACACAAACCGUGGAGCCUCCUACGCCCAGUUCUGUCAGCCUCGCCGUCGACGCGCUCAUCAAGAGAGGCGUGAGGAGGUGGUGGAGGAGAACCAGAGUCAGAACACCUUCACAGCUCUUCUGCAGCUUCUGCCAGUGCUGAUGUUAAUCCUCAUAUCAGUGUUUACUCAGAUGAUGGCCACCAACCCGCCCUACAGCCUCUUCUACAAGCCGUCCAUGGGGCUGGUGGUGUCCAGAGAGACGCAGCACAUGGGCGUGCCAUACUACGUGGAUAAGAGUUUUGAGAAGGAGUACCGCGGCGCUGCACUGGAGGAGCUGGAGAAAUCCAUUGAAAGUGACUACAUUGAGCACCUGCAGAACAGCUGCUGGAAGGAGAAGCAGCAAAAGUCAGACCUGGCGAACCUGGGACAGCUCUACCGCGACGAGCGGUUAAAGCAGAAGGCGGAGUCGAUGAGGCUGGACAACUGUGACAAACUGCACCGAUUGGUCGGGCGACUGAGAGUCAAAUGAAGGAAGGAGCUGCCGUUCUUUAGCCAAGCGUGUUAUUUUCUCCACUUUGUAAGGAAGUCUCUGUGGGUGCAGGAGCGAGGUGCCUUCUCUUCUCAGAAGGUGGAGGACCACUGCAUGGUGGGCGUGGCUUUGGGAGCAGCACCACAUGCGGGUGCGGCGUGGCUGUAACGUUUGACGUCUCUGAGCCUUGAAACUUUCUUAUAGAAAUGGCAUGACUUAUGCAGUCUCCCUUUGGGGUCACAAAGGCACACGUAUGUUCUCAACGUACAAUCGGUUUUGGUUUGUAGCUUAUUUAUGUUUUUCGUGUCAUUACUUUGUCUUUAGAUGUAUUUAUUUAGUAGAUUAACGGAGUGAAUGUUAGUUGAGCGUCUUGGCUUGAUAUUUUUCUGUAGGAAAAAGUGACUUAAGCUAAAGAGCUUGGACAAAUCCUAAACGGUUUGUUCUAUUCGCUGAAUUUUUACUCAGAAGUUGACAAAUUUCUUAAUUUGACCUCAACUAAAUGAAAAUGUAUUAACACUAUUUGAGGAUGUGUGUACACUAGAACAGCUCCAUACGCCAGUGCUCAGGUACAGUAUCUGUUGGUUUUUUCCUUCCCCUUUUUUAAGAAAUUCAAAAAGAAUUUUCACCCAUCUAUUUCUGCUGUGUUUUAAGGUUAAAUCUGCAUCAGGGUAUUAGGACUGACAUGUAAGCCACGCACAAGCUCACUUUUUCCCCUUCAUCUUUUUUUUUUUCCACUUUUGGAGAUUUCUUGUGAAAAAAGGCAGAUUAUCCUUCUUAAAUCUAAACAAAUAGAUGUCAAGGGGGUGGAAUUCUGGCUGUUAAAACUAGAAAGCUGACUUUAUAAAAUGUUAUUCUCUACAUCCACUCAUCCCUUAUGCGGUCAUUAAUACCUCCAUUACCUGCUGUCAUGCCAAACUGCCUUAGCCGUCCUCAUAUUCAUGGAAUACCUAGCUUCAUUGAUUGCGUUUAUGUGUUAAUAUUCCCCUUUGUUCUUGUUACAGCUGCUUGCUAAAACACAUGGCUAAAUUCAUGUUUGUUUCUUUAGCGGAGACACCUUGGUGAAAACAUGCAGUAUCAUUGUAAAUGAGUGGAAACAGUGACGCACUGUCCAGCUGCAAAACAUGUCAAUUUUCUACUGUGAUUAAAAAAAAAAGUCAGGGUUGUGGAAGGAAUCGCUGCGGACUGGAGCUUUCAGCCAAAAAAGUCUUCGAAAUUAAAGAUGUAACCAGA